UCCCGGACAGAAGCCUCUCUGCGCGGGGAGCCCCGGCCGCCCCGCUCCCCCCCCCCCCGGACCGCGGGACCAUGUCGGCCAUGGAGAAACACCUCUUCAACCUCAAAUUUGCCGCCAAGGAGCUCGGCAGGAGCGCCAAGAAGUGCGAGAAGGAGGAGAAGGCCGAGAAGGCCAAGAUCAAGAAGGCCAUCCAGAAGGGCAACACGGAGGUGGCGCGCAUCCACGCCGAGAACGCCAUCCGCCAGAAGAACCAGGGCGUCAACUUCCUGAGGCUGAGUGCCCGCGUGGACGCCGUGGCGGCCCGGGUGCAGACGGCCGUGACCAUGGGCAAAGUCACAAAGUCCCUGGCUGGAGUGGUCAAGUCCAUGGACGCGGCGCUGAGGAGCAUGAACCUGGAGAAGAUCUCGGCGCUCAUGGACAAGUUCGAGCACCAGUUCGAGACCCUGGACGUGCAGACGCAGCAGAUGGAAGACACGAUGAGCAGCACCACCACGCUGACCACGCCGCAGGGCCAGGUGGACCUGCUGCUGCAGGAGAUGGCCGAUGAGGUCGGCCUGGAUCUCAACAUGGAGCUGCCCCAGGGCCAGACGGGCUCCGUGGCUACGGUGGCCUCGGCCGAGCAGGACGAGCUGUCGCAGAGACUGGCCCGUCUGCGCGACCAAGUGUGACGGCGGCGGCGGCGGCUCGCCGCGGGACUGCGCUGGUUCUCCCUCCUCCCUUCUGUUGCACACAGACACACACACACACACACAUAUCCAUACACACACGCAUAUCUAUACACACACGUCCAUCUUGCUCCUGCCGCACUGGAAACCUUGGGCAUUGCCAGAGUGCUCGAGGGCUGUUGGUGUCGUGAGAUCUGUCCCUUUUAAACGUGCGGGAAGAAGUGUUCACUCGGUGGGAUUUUGUAGUCUGCGAUGUCGUUUGAUCUCUACAGACGCGGUUGAAGAUUGGGGGUUACGCUUUUUGCAGGUGGCUUUUUAACAGGACUAGGGUUUAAAUAGUGUUGAAAACGGGGCCAGAAUGUCCAGCUGUGCAUAUUGGAUUUAAAAUCAUCUGACCCUUUUAAAAUACCGCCUAGGUCUUAUCUUUGGAGAGCUGAGUUUUAAUUCCCAUUCCCAUACCUUCUGUCUGCCAUGCUCGGUCCAAAUAGGGAUUGAAUGAUAAUGGGAUCGGUUGGAAUGUCUCUCUGAUUUGGUUUUUUAGUACAAAAAAAAAAAAAAAAUUCAGCUUAGAAUGUUUCUGUGUUAAUAUCAAAGGUUAUUAUUGGCUUUUAUUCUCUUUUCAUUUGAUUUAGUUUAAUUAGCAAAAGCAUUUUUACCUAAUAUUCUAACUACUGUUCUGGUGCUGUAAAUUAUUUGUCUUUACCUGAAAAAAGUACCAUGUCACUUCAUUUAUGGGAGACGUUAAGUUGUGUUUUUGUUCAUAAACUCACAGCUAUAUUUAACUUUCAUUGUCUCCAAUAUGUUGAAACACUAAAAUUUAUAAUGAUUUCGUAGCUAACUAAUUCUUUUUAGGCUGUAUUUUAAAAAUAUGUUCAUUUAUGUGUAAUUCUGUCAGGUUAUUCUCAGAUCAUUUGACUGUUUUGGGAAAAUCCUGGCCUGUGUGGCUAUGUAUAAGAUACAAAUAUUAAGAUAAUGGAAUGAUACAAAUUCCAAAAUUAAAGCUAUGUUUUAAAUUCCUGGUUAAAUGUUUUUAUCCCUUUUGUCUUAAAGCAGCCACUCUUUAAUAAUUGGAAAAAUGAAAAAAAAAACUUGAGUUUUUUUUUUUAGUGGAGCCAUAGACAAUUUAAAUAACUUCUAGUCAGCUGAAAAUGGAAAGUGUAUUAGUUUUGUAUUUUGAAUAUUGGCUUGGUUGAGGGAGAGUCAUGUGAGAUUGGAAGGCAGGAUAGCUGUUGAUGACAACAGCUCAAAAGGAAAGCAGUUUGGUGCCCAGGUGUACUUUACUUUGGCCAGUUUAUCCUAAUUGAAAUGUGUAAGUUAAAAUAUAGCUGUGAUUUUUCCAAGUUAAUAUGUAGUGGACAGCGAUUUGGCAAAAUAUCAAAACAAAUGUAGGGGUCUAGGUUAAAGAAGUAUAAUUUUUUUUCUCCUUGUUGGAAGAUGUCUCCAUAAAAGAAUUCCAGUGUUUUUUCAAAUAAGGAAAUGCUGUUGCAGAGCAAAUUGUUACAGGAAAUCUUCCUGUUGUGAGUCAUUGAAGGCAUCCAAAGUGCAAUUAUGGAGUUACUUGUAACACAAGGUGUUUGCCAUUUGUAGCAAUUAUUGUUAUUAACUUCCUAACAAUUGUUUAUUGAUAAGAAAUGUAAAUCGAGAUUGUUUGAAUCAGCUAAACGCUGUUAGAAAUUAAAGUUUUGUUUGUUUGUGACUGAUAGUGUCUUGGUACGGGCUCCUUGAGUGUAUAUUGUGGAAGUCUUAUUUUCUUCCUGCUAAAAUGGUCUGUUUCUAAUUCAGACAGUCUAGGGCUACAUAGAAGAGAUUACUACAAACCAAAAUUCCAAGGGAAUAUAGUUUUCUUAUUUUUCAUACCAAGUAAUCAUAAUUAAAAAAGCUCUGUAAGGAGGAAGGAACAAAAUUCACACUGUAGUGAAUCACAAAAUUAGUGGGGGAGGGGUUUGUUGUUUUUUUUUUUUUGUUUUUGGAGGGAAGGGAAGGAGGAAAAAUAUACAGACAGUUCCCUUAGGAGGGGAAGGGUUGCAUUCUUCCCUAGUUGCAGUACUCUGGCUUGGUCACACCUGCAGUAUUGCCUUCUAUCCUGGACAAUAGAGGGCAGAAUUUGGAGUAACAGUAGAAGUAAGAGAUUUAGGCUUGAUAAUAUCCAAAAAAGGAAUAUACUGCUUCAGGAAUUAAUGGGUCCUCCAUCUCCUGAGGUCUUCAAGCAGAGGCCAUAGUUAUUGGGUAUGUUGGAAGGGGUUCUUGUUCAACCUCAAGUACUUCCAACUGUUAAAUUAUGUAACAGAGUUUGGUUAAGUAGGAAUAAUUGAAUGUUGAAGAGACCUGGGAAAACUCAGAUCAAACAGGGAAAGAGAUUUUAAAUGAAAAAGAGGAGAAAAAUGUUCAGUGUUCUCUUUUAAAAGUAUUACUGAAAGAAUUAAAUUAUUUGUUGGGGAAGGAAAAAUGUCUUUUUGGGGGGGGGAAGCUUUGGUAAUCAUAUUAGGGAUAUUGCCAGCCUUGUGCUUUAUUUUUUUAAAUGAAAAAUUUUUUUUCUUACUAUCUGUGUGAUCCUGGGCAAGUCACUUUUAACCCCAUUGCCUAGCCAAAAAAAAAAAUUUUUUUUCCCAGUUAACAUUUUCUCUCAUCUACCUCCCUCUCACUGAAGAGGAAAAAAAAGAAAAUCCUUGUAUUAAUUAUGCAUAAGCAAGCAAAAAAAAUUCCAUAUUGACCGUGUCUAAAAAUGUGUGUCUCAUCCUACAUGUUUACCAUUCUGUCAAUGGGGAGCAUUCUUCAUCAUUAGUCCUCUGGAAUCAGUCAGUUCCUUGUGUUGAUCUAAAGUCUUAAAAUUAUGUAACGCUUCAUAACUUUGCAUGUUAUCUUUCCUCAAGGGCCAUGCUUAGUGUCUGUUGUUACAAUGUUAGUGUAUGUACUGCUGAAGUGAGAACAAUCCUUGUGCUUUAAAAAAGAACCAUUGGGCUUCUCUUCCCUCAGGGGAGCCUAAAAUUGAGAAGAGGAAAGGAUAUGAUGCAUACUUCUUGGAAGUGACUGUAUUGGGUGAUUGAACUACCUUUGAAGUCUCAUGUUUUUAUGUUUUACAUUAUUACCUUUGCCAUGUAUGUGCUGGUAUUAAAAAUCAGUAAACUUUUAUUAAAUGCCUUCUGUGUGCAAAGCACUAUGCUAAGUGCUGUGCUAAGUACAGAAAGGUGUGUGCCUCCA